AUUAUCAUGUUUAUCGCAAAUACUCUUAAACAACAUGAGAUGGACACAUAGAAGAAAAAUAUUUAGCUGUUAUUCGAAGUUAUAGAUUAUAAUUUUAAAAAGAUAUUUCUGGUCGAAAUCGAAACUACUAACUAGCCUACUCUACUAAAUCUUUCGGUUUCGAAAUCAUUGUCUUCCGCUUAGGGAUCGUGUUUCAUUCAUGUAAAAUUCACUUAGGCCAACUUGAAUUACUUUAAUUGUACUCUCUUUAUAUAAAGAAUGGCUCUUUUGGAUGUAAGUGGAUAUAAAUAUAACUCUGCGUCACAGUGUGGCUUUAAGCAAACGCAUCUUCUCGACCGGUCGAAUCACUAUAGUUUUGGGACCAAAUGCCAGGAGUUCGCGGUACCCGUCGGAGUUGACCCCUCUAAGUUUCUGAAGUCAUGCAGUUGUGAGGAUGGUGUUUCCAUAGAUCUGAAUCAUGGCACCACAACCCUGGCGUUUAAGUUCCGUCAUGGAGUCAUUGUGGCCGUUGACUCCAGAGCAUCAGCUGGAAAAUACAUAGCAUCAAAGGAGGCCAAUAAAGUGAUUGAGAUCAACCCUUACCUGCUGGGCACCAUGUCAGGCAGCGCUGCAGACUGUCAGUACUGGGAGAGACUGCUGGCGAAAGAGUGCAGGCUUUACAAACUGCGUAACAAGCAGAGGAUCUCAGUGUCUGCAGCCUCCAAACUGCUGUCCAACAUGAUGCUGGGAUACAGAGGCAUGGGUCUGUCUAUGGGGAGUAUGAUCUGCGGCUGGGACAAGCAGGGUCCAGGUCUGUACUAUGUGGAUGAUAAUGGCACACGUCUCUCCGGCCGGAUGUUCUCCACUGGCUGUGGGAACAGUUAUGCGUAUGGUGUCGUGGACAGUGGUUAUCGUGAGGAUACGACUGUGGAGGAGGCGUAUGAGCUGGGUCGUCGUGGUAUUGCUCAUGCCACACACAGAGACGCUUACUCUGGUGGUGUGGUCAACCUGUACCACAUGCAGGAGGACGGCUGGAUCAAGGUGUGUAAGGAGGACGUGUCAGAGUUAAUCCACAAAUAUAAGAAGGGAAUGUUCUGAUCUCAUCUGAUCUCUCAUUCAUUCAAUACUCACUGUUUUAUUAUUAUAACUGACACAGUAAACAUUAAACUCAAAUCAAACGUGUUUGGUGCAUUCUUUGUAAUAUAUUUGCAUUUUCUGUAAGAAGUCUUUAGGUGCAUAAAAAAUCUACUUGAUGCACUUAUUGUACAGAACAAAUGUAGCCCCCAUUUGAAAUGAUUUGUGAUUUAGCCUAGGCCCUUGUACUGUACAUAUAUAAGACACAAAACUGGUCUAGGCAUCAUUACAAUACAGAAUUGUGGAAGCUCAGCAACAAUGGAACAAAAUGGAAGCUAUGAAU